CAGGCUGCUUAGGCUACUCUAUGGCUCCCACCAAAGCCAGAAACUGAUUUUCCUUUGUUUACAGCACCAAUGAUAACAUCGCUGUCAGUUCGUGUGAUUUUCGCUAAAAACCUGAAAAUGCUUCUUGCAUUACAUGUCGCCAUUCUGCAGUAAUGACCGUUCAUCCGUGCUGACUGAGCGUAUACUAUAGAACCAAAUUGACAAUUUGACGCGAACCGUAUGGAGUAAAUAAUGUAGCGAACUAAGAGAUAUUAACAGAAGCUUCACUUAUGUUUUUUGGCUGAAAAGGUGCAGAAACGGGUGUGAUGGCUUUUGUUCAGCUCUGAGUCAUCCGACAUGUCUCACUCUUCCAAGCCUCGAUCCCAUCCUUGUGGCCUUUGCGACAAAUCUUUUGCCCAGAUAUCCAUGCUGACCAGACACCAGCAGCUGCACACCUCUCGCCUGGUUCUACAUAAACGCUCCCAUGCUGCGGAGAAGCCUCAUACCUGCCGGCUUUGCUCCAAGACCUUCAUCUCGUCGGCUCACCUUGCCUUGCACCUGCGCUCGCACAGCGGAGAGAGGAAGUACAAAUGCAGUGUAUGUUCCAAAAUGUUCAUGCAAUCGUCCCAGCUUAUGCGCCACAAGACCAUCCACACUGGCGAGAAACCCUUCAAAUGCCCAGAUUGCAAUAAGUGCUUCGGCCGUGCCUCACACCUGAAAACCCACCGUAGGCUCCACACUGGUGAAAAACCCUUCAAAUGCACACAGUGUGAAAGGGCUUUUACGCAAAAGGCCGGACUUAUUAUACACUUGCGCUUGCACACAGGUGAGCGCCCUUUUAAGUGUGAGAAAUGUGGCAAGGCCUUCCGCACGUCAGCCCACCUGCUUAACCAUCAGGCUCUGGAGCUGGGAGAGGGAAGAUACACCUGUGCCACGUGCAACAAGGGCUUCAGGUCUGUGUCCAUGCUAAAACAACACGAGAAAAGCCACCAGGGCAGCGGGAUGCUGUGUUGUAGCGUGUGCUCGGGGGCCUUCGCUCAUUCCUCCUAUCUGCAGCUCAAACUGCACUUGCAAAACGGAGAGCAGCUUUUCCAUUGCAAGGUGUGCAACAAAAUCUUUGUGAAGAUGUCCACUUUUGAGAAACACUGCAGAAAACAUCAGACAGAGAUGGACGGAUGUGAGGACAGGGAAGUAAAAGAGGAAGACGAUCCCCCAUUUGAGCUGCAUACUGCUGUGUCCCCAACGCCUUCGACGUCAGAAGUCAACACACGCUCCAAAACAAGAGCCAAAAUUAAGAGUACAGCCGAAAGCUCUUAAGAAUUGAAAGGUAUAACAUUCACGUAAUGUCUUUCUGUAUUUGUGAUGUAUGACAUAAAAUACGCUUUCAUCUGCUCUUAGUUUUGUAAAAUAAUAAAGAUAAUUCUCUGC